CGAAAGUUCUCUGUCUGGUACAAUGUUUUCGGAGCAGCGUGCGCGGGGCUAUAACCACUGGCUUAAAUUCAUUAGCAUCUACCUUUCCCCUACGUGGCAAACGUAUACCGUUCCCAGCUUGGCGACCACUUGGUGUUAGAUGCCCUCGGUUGAUAUUGCAGGGAAGAAUGUCCAGUAAUCACAAACCCUAACAUGGCGGCCUUUUCUUCUCCUUCUUGCUUCCCGCCAUUAUCUUGCAGUGAUAAUCACAAGCCGUUAGUAUUUCGAAUUUCGUAUCACCAACGCCGUCGUCAUCAUCAUCACACCAAGACAUCAAUAUUACUACCCCCAAGUACACCAUUAGGUUUAAUCAAAUUCAGAUGCUUCUCCUCUCAGGAGCAGCAGCAAUCUUCCGAACAAAAACCAAAACUCGAAGAAGACGAUGUAGAAUUUGAAUUCGAGAGGCUCUUCUCUAACCUUAAUCGAGCUACUCUCAAAAGGGAACCUGGAAGCGUCACUAGUUCGAUUCUUCUGGUUGCUGGCACCACUGUAGGUGCUGGAAUUCUUGCUAUUCCUGCAGUGACUCAGGAAGCUGGCUUUUUGGCAGCUGGGAUCACUUGCAUUCUUUGUUGGAUUUAUAUGGUUGUAACUGGGCUGCUAAUAGCUGAAGUAAAUGUAAAGACAAUGUGCGAACUGGGCUCUGGUGGUGUAUCAUUGGUAUCAAUGGCUACAAGAACACUUGGUACUAUUGGAGUUCAGAUUACUUGCUGGUCAUAUAUUUUUAUACAUUAUGCCCUCCUUGUUGCGUAUGUGGCUCGUUCAUCAGACAUCUUGACUAAUAUCCUUGGCAUUCCAGUAUGGGAAUGUGCAUCUCUGUUUUCAAUUCUCUUGGGCAGCAUUUGCUACUUUGGAAGCCAGCGAGUUAUUGGGGCAGUUAAUGGAGUUUUAGUAUCUGGCAUUAUAAUUUCCUUUUCAGCUCUUGUGGCAGUUGCAGGUGGAGAUUUGCAGUGGGAUGCUCUUUUGAAAGCUAAUUUGCAAGCUAUUCCCACAAGUAUACCUAUAAUAGCACUCUCUUUUGUUUAUCAGAAUGUAGUGCCUGUUCUUUGUACAAAUCUGGAAGGAGACCUGUCAAAAAUAAGGAGUUCGAUUGUUGUAGGCACUGCGAUUCCCCUUGGGCUGUUUCUUGUUUGGAAUGGUGUCAUUCUUGGAACAAUCACAAUCACUAAUCCUGAAACAGGCAUGGAUCAUAAGCUUGCUGACCCAUUGCAACAGUUGCUAGCUACUAAUGGAGUUGUUGGGCCGAUUGUUGGGGCAUUCUCACUUCUUGCCAUUGCAACUUCUUAUAUUGGAUUUGUUUUGGGCCUUUCUGACUUCCUAUCUGACUUGUUGAAACUUCCAUCUGAUAGAAGCAGACCACUUCCAUACUUGCUGACAUUGUUUCCACCACUAAUACUGUCGUUGCUAGACCCUGACAUCUUUUUCAAAGCAUUGGAUUUUGCUGGAACUUAUGGAGUUCUGGUGCUGUUUGGUGUUGUUCCUGCUGCAAUGUCUUGGUCAGAUAGAUACUCAAGUACAAGUACAAGUAUUUGUUUAAAUCUUCCAGAGCUUGUACCUGGUGCUCAAAUUCCUGUAAAAAAUUUUGAUGGAUGUCCCAAACAUGGAAUCCGGAUUUCCGAGCAUCAAGUUGUAUAA